GCGCGGGGAGGGGGUGUUCGCGCCGCCGGGAGAGGCGAGCGCGAGGCAGAGAGCACGCGAUUCGGCUCCAAACUCCGGCGCUGCAGCCGAUCGGACUCCGGGCCGUGGUGGGCACCGCGCGCAGUAGGGGAGCCGAGAGACGCGGUGAGCCCCGAGGACGCCCGGAGCGCGAGGGUAGCUGAGCCUCGCAGAGCCGAAGCCGAGUCCAGCCGGGCGCCUGGGCGGCCCGGCCGCGGCGGCAUGGGGGCGCCCCCGCGGCGCCCCGCGCUGCCCGCCACCGCCUGGACCAGGGGCCGGAGGCAGGAGCGCGCCUGAGCCCAUGGCGAGGGGACCCGCCGCCGCCGCAGCAGUAGCCGCCGCCACUGCCGCCGCCGCCAGCUCCCGGGCACCAUGCGAGCCGCCCCGAGCCUCCGCCGCUGCGUCUGCCUACUGAUCGCCGCGAUCCUGGACCUGGCGCGCGGCUACCUGACAGUCAACAUUGAGCCUCUUCCCCCUGUGGUGGCUGGAGAUGCCGUGACCUUGAAGUGUAACUUCAAGACAGAUGGGCGCAUGCGGGAGAUCGUGUGGUACCGGGUGACGGAUGGCGGCACCAUCAAGCAGAAGAUCUUCACCUUCGACGCCAUGUUCUCCACCAACUACUCACACAUGGAGAACUACCGCAAGCGGGAGGACCUGGUGUACCAGUCCACUGUGAGGCUGCCCGAGGUCCGGAUUUCAGACAACGGUCCCUAUGAGUGCCACGUGGGCAUCUAUGACCGUGCCACCAGGGAGAAGGUGGUCCUGGCAUCAGGCAACAUCUUCCUCAACGUCAUGGCUCCUCCCACCUCCAUUGAAGUGGUGGCCGCUGACACGCCAGCCCCCUUCAGCCGCUACCAAGCCCAGAACUUCACGCUGGUCUGCAUCGUGUCUGGAGGAAAACCAGCACCCAUGGUUUAUUUCAAACGAGAUGGGGAACCGAUCGACGCCGUGCCCCUGUCAGAGCCUCCAGCUGCGAGCUCCGGCCCCCUCCAGGAUAGCAGGCCCUUCCGCAGCCUUCUGCACCGUGACCUGGACGACACCAAGAUGCAGAAGUCACUGUCCCUCCUGGAUGCUGAGAACCGGGGUGGGCGACCCUACACAGAGCGCCCCUCCCGUGGCCUGACCCCAGAUCCCAACAUCCUCCUCCAGCCAACCACAGAGAACAUACCAGAGACGGUCGUGAGCCGUGAGUUCCCCCGCUGGGUCCACAGCGCUGAGCCCGUCUACUUCCUGCGCCACAGCCGCACCCCGGGCAGCGACGGCACGGUGGAAGUACGCGCCCUGCUCACCUGGACCCUCAACCCACAGAUCGACAACGAGGCCCUCUUCAGCUGCGAGGUCAAGCACCCAGCGCUGUCAAUGCCCAUGCAGGCAGAGGUCACGCUGGUUGCCCCCAAAGGACCCAAAAUUGUGAUGACGCCCAGCAGAGCCCGGGUUGGGGACACAGUGAGGAUUCUGGUCCACGGGUUUCAGAAUGAAGUCUUCCCGGAGCCCAUGUUCACGUGGACACGGGUUGGAAGCCGCCUCCUGGACGGCAGUGCUGAGUUCGACGGGAAGGAGCUGGUGCUGGAGCGGGUUCCUGCCGAGCUCAAUGGCUCCAUGUAUCGCUGCACCGCCCAGAACCCGCUGGGCUCCACCGACACACACACCCGGCUCAUCGUGUUUGAAAACCCAAAUAUCCCAAGAGGAAUGGAGGAUUCCAAUGGUUCCAUGUCUGGCCCUGCUGGCGCCCAGCUGACCUUGGUGCUCGCCCUGACAGUGAUUCUGGAGCUGACGUGAAGGCACCCGCCCCAGCCACUCCAUCAGGCACUGACAUCUCCGUGACCGGUUUUCAUUUCUUUUCUAAACUAUUUCCAGUCUUGUUCUUAGUCUCUUUCCAUCUGUGUCUUGGCUUCUUCAGUCGGUUUAAUUAAAACAAACAGAACGAUUUUCCCCA